AUGGCGCUGAGACGUGCUGCUGGAGUAUGGGCAGGUCUUUUAAUGCCCCUGCUGCUGACAACGUACGAGUUUAUCGGCACAUUUGUGGCGACCUGGAGCUUCACGAGAAAUUUUAUCAUGAGAUACGACGUGCGCGAGAAGUAUGCGGGCACGAACCAAGGCAUCAUGGUCUCCACAUCCAUUUGCACCAUUCAUGCCAUGGCCGAAGGGGCACGCUUGACUCUGCUCUACAUCGAUAACUUGCAGAACAAGAGCUUCGACAUCCUCCUGCCCAUCGUCAGCUCUGUUGUAUGGAAUGUCCUCAUGCGCGUCGGGUGCAUGGACCGCAUUCUCUUCGUGGCGACACGUGGCUGGCUCCAGCCCAAAAACGCAUCAAAGUUCUUGAGAGAUGCAGGGUAUUGCAUGGGCUACCCGCGAAUGGGAGCACUUGGCGCCUUGCUCUUGGCACGCCUUUGUCUUGUGAAAUCAGUGGUUAUAGGGGAGAUGGAGCAAUGGCUCUGGGUGUUCAUUAUCGGAGCAGAGCUGCUGGAAGAUCUGGUCAGCUACAUCCUGUGGUGGGCGGGUGUCGACCUGUCCCCAGUGAAACGCUUUGCCACUGACACGGAGGUGGAGCAAAUGUCAGAGAAGAAGAUCGUCAGGAGGCUUAGUGGCCUUGGUCAACAGAGGUCUUCGGGAGCACUUGCUGUGAUUCCGGUGCCAUCAUCAAGAAAGUCCACUCAGUCCAGCGCGUCCGACGAUGCGGAUGACACAGCUCAGCUAGAAGUUCAGCGCCUUGCUACUGUUGAGUCUGUGAAGUGGGAAGUGCGUGAAAGCCAUGAUUUCAAUUAUGGCCCUGUUGACUUUGGCCAAUUACCCUUCUGGGCACAUUUGCUUCCAGCCGCAAUGUCGCAAUUCCACACGGUGUUGGCAAUGAUUGCGUUUUCCAAUGGCUUUGUGUACCUACUGGGCUUUUGCCGUCAUGAUGAGAUGAGCCCUGAGGCAGGCGUGUUCUGGUGGCCCAUACCUGACAGUGAGAUGAUAUGUGUGUGA